AUGGCUUCCGCAUCCAAUGCUGCAGGCACCUCGGCGUCUGCACGCGAGUAUCAUGCCAACCCAACCUGGAAGUCGAAAAAGGAAGCUCAGCAGGUCGACUAUCCAUCUCCAGAAGCCUUUCAAUCGGUCAUGAAGCGGAUCGAGCGUCUACCAGGGCUCGUCUCGCCCAACGAGAUUGAUCGGCUCCGAUCGCAACUUGCUUCGGUGGCCGAAGGCAAUGCUUUUCUCCUCCAAACCGGCGACUGUGCCGAGCUAUUCGACUAUUGCAAUCCAGAGCAGAUCCAAGCUAAACUCAAACUUUCCCUGCUCAUGAGUCUUAUCCUUCUCUGGGGUGCUCGCAAGCCCGUUGUACGCAUCGGUCGUAUCGCUGGUCAAUAUGCAAAGCCACGCUCCAAGCCGACCGAGAUCAUCACCAAGAUCGACGCUGCUACGGGCGUGGCUUCGCAGCACGAGAUCAUGUCGUUCCGUGGAGACAAUAUCAACGCUUUCAGUGCCGAGCCUGCAAGUGGCCGUAUCCCGGAUCCAGAGCGCUUGCUUCAGGCCUACUUCCACUCGGCUGCUACGCUGAACCACAUUCGCUCCGAGCUAGCCAGCGGUUUGGCGGAUCUGCACGCUCCGCGCCAGUGGUCUUUCCAGCAUGUGCAAUCCCGCGCGCUACAAGCCGAGUUUGAGUCGGUCGUUGACUCGUUGACGGAUGCGCUCGACUUUAUGAAAACGAUCGGUGCCGAUCCUAGCGCCUUUUCCUCGAGCAGUGUGCUCAACUCGGUCGAUUACUUUAUCAGUCACGAAGGCCUAUCGCUCGCUUACGAGGAAGCUUUGACUCGGCUCAUCCGCAAGUCGACUUCGGUCAGCCCGAACCCCACACGCAACGCGGCUUCGUCCGACUCAGCCGAUGACGAUCUUAAUGGAGAUGUUCUGGAACGAUACGACUUGUCUGCUCACACCAUCUGGCUCGGUGACAGGACAAGACAGCUUGAUGGCGCACACGUCGACUUCUUUGCUUCCAUCCGUAACCCUGUUGGCGUCAAGGUGGGCCCUUCCAUGAAGCCAGAGGAGCUUAUUCAGAUUCUCGAUAUCCUCAACCCGGAUAUUCCGAUCCCGAAAGCGACCUCUUCGGCACGCGCCAGUGAAUGGUCGACGCCGAGUGCAGCCGCGCCCGAGGUUGUCUAUGGCAAGGAAAAAGGUCGUGUCAUGGUCAUCAUUCGGCUCGGUGCUGCCAAAGUCGCAUCGCAUCUUCCUCCACUUCUCGAGGCGAUCGCCGCCAGCAAUCACAAAGACUCGAUCAUCCUCCUGUGCGAUCCCAUGCACGGCAACACCCAGACCAGUCCGUACCCGCCUGCGUCCUCUGACCCCAAUGCACAGCCGCUCAAGACGCGUUCCUUUGGCGACAUCAUCUCUGAAAUUCUCUCGUUCCUCGAGAUCAUUUCGGCCGACUUUCCCACUCUUCACCUCGGCGGUGUUCACCUCGAGCUAACCGGCGAUAAGGACGUCACCGAGUGCUUUGGUGGAUCGAUGCGUUUGGAUCCCAAACAUCUUGAACGCGGUUACAAGAGUCACUGCGAUCCUAGGCUCAAUUUCGAACAGUCGCUCGACGUUGCUUUUCUGCUCUCGCACUACUUCCGAAACCAACGUCUUGGCAACAAACGCCAUGCUCCCGCUAAGACCGAAGAUGAGAUUAAAAAGCAGCAGGCGAUCAUCGCAUCUGGUUCAGGCGAUGAGCUCCUGGCUGAGCUCAUCUGCGGCAUCACCAACCGCGCUCAAAUGUCGUGA